AUGUGGACUAGAGACCACGACCACUCUGAAGAGUGCACGAUUAAAAAGAAGAAGAUAUUCUCUCGAAUUGAUUACAAGAUUGACAAAAGUGAACGUUACGAGUACUAUCCAGCAACUCCUCGCCUCGCGAGUAUCACUUACCGAGGCCGAGUUGUGAAAAUAUCAGGAACCGUGGUCAUCCCGAACAAACGUGGCCAGACACUUGCAGAUUAUGCGAAAAGGAUAGGCAUCAAGGUAAAACAAGAACCUUCCAAACGACCAAAUUCAAUGGAGCCUGGCCUAGUCCCAUGGUCAAGUUGA